CAUCUGUUUUCUGUUUAGUAAAACCCGAGCAAGCAAGCCACUGAACAAAAUAAAAAAAAGAAAAAGUAAACAAAUCCCAAUUAUCGUGUUUUAUUUUUCUUUUAAUAAUUUAGUCAUUAUUAUUAUAAUUAUUAUUAUUAUUAUAAUUUAUAUAGUAAGAAGUGCGCAACUGAAUAUAAAUUCUCACAAAUAAAUAUAUAUAAAAAUGUAUCACUAAAUAUUUCCAGUUUGUCAUAUUUUUUUUAAUUUUUUUUAAGAAAAUUUAAAAUUAAAAAUUCAAAUUUCGCGGGCGGAAAAUCAAAAAUAAUUCAAAGUUUAAGUAAUUAAUAAUAAACUGAAGCGAUUGGUGAUUCAGAAUUUCGAGUUCAGUUUGUCGACAAGACGACAGUUGGUCGCAUCGUAUUAUAGAUUUGUGGUUAAUUAAUUUUAAAUAAUUAAUUAAUUAAUUAAUUAAGUGAAUAGACUUUUAAAAUUAAAUUUAUAAAAUUUGUAAUGAACUAGUACUUUUUUUUUUCUGGUGAAAUAAUGAAGGAAUUAAUUAGUGAAGUGGGAAUUUAAUUAACAGCAAAAUGUUUUUGUAUUUUAUUUUUAUUGGGAAUUUUAAAUCCGAUCCAUUGUGACCCCGAUUAUUAUUAUUGUUAUUGUUGUUGUUGUUGUUGGUGUUGGUGUUGGGGUCACGAAAUUUGGAUUUUAAUUCUGCGGUUUCAAGAUCUGAUAAUUUUGUGAAACCAAACCGAAAUUUUACAAAAAAAAGAAACCAUCCGACUGAUUCAAAAAAUUUCUACAACGAAGAAAAUAAUCCGAUCCAAUUAAAAAAGUAGACUAGAAGUAUUUAAAAUAAAAAAUAUAAAAAUGUUGGGAUUAAAAAAAUUGUACCGAGAAGAAUUAUUACAAUUGGCAUUGAUACUGUCAAUAUUACGAGUCGACCCGGAAAGUUAUCUGGGUAUCGAUAUCCAAAACAUCGGAGUGGGCCUAUUGGACCUCAACAAUGGAUCCGGAUGGCACACGGACUCGCAAACGAUCGCGAUACAUCGACCGACUUUUAUCCAUCCGAAAAAUCCGGAUUCGUCGAUGCUACUGAGCUACGAGAGGGAUUUAUUUGAAGAAUUGAACUCGCUCGGUCGAUAUAACAAUCGAUUGGACACCAGGAACAAUGACAUACAUGCGUACUUGCUUAAUAUCGAGGAUGCUAAGAAGAGUACGACGGAUCCAGGGCCUAGUAUUAAUGAUAGCAGUGAUAGGAGUGAUAACGUCACGUCAGCUGAUCAACAUGUGCAGGCCCAGACACCCAGUGAAUCGGCUGCAACUAGUGAACUUACUCAAGAGGAUAUGGAUCUAAUCGAGGUCUUGUGGAAGCAAGAUGUCGAUUUGGGAUUCACGAUGGCGGAUGUCGAGAGGGCGAAAACCGAAUCCUCGAGCUCGCAAGAAAAAAAAGUCGAGUUGGAUGAUAUUGAGAAGCUAAAACUCGAGACAGUCACCAAAAAAGAGAAAGAAGAAGUCGCCGAAACAGACGACAAUCCAUGGGCUGGGUUAUCUUAUACAGUCGACGUAGAAACAGGUGAAUAUAUAUUAGAAAGUCCAAUUAGCGGAACUAGUGCCGGUGAAAGUACGACGACUAGGUUGGAAGCUGAAGUCGAAGCCGGAGCGUUAAAUGACCCGGAAAUUGGACUUACUAGUGAGGAUUCAUUGGGACUGAGCAAUAAUUUUGGGCUGGAAGAUGACUUUCCGUCGGAACUGUUGAGCGAUAGCUUGCUCGCCGGCUCUGGUGUUGAGGGACUUCUUUGCAACGACUCGCUGGGACUUCCCGACGGAUUUAAUCUUGAAGAAGCUCUGCAGCUUGUGGGCCUCAAUGAACAACCAGAGGAAAAAGAAUUAAAAAAACGUGACCGCGUAGGACCGAGAUUGCGAAACAAAGACGAGCCAUCUUCAUCAACAUCCACAUCAACAUCAGCAUCAACUUUAAACUCAACCUUAACUUCAACAUCUUUAAUCGAAGACGAAAUCGACGACAUGAUUCACACACCCCAGUAUCAUUCCCACCCACAUCCACACCAUCGUCACUAUCAGAGUCAAGUUGCAUAUGGCCGACGAAUGGGCGGGGACCAAAGAUGGACAACGGAUUUAUUCCUAUCAUUUCCUGGUGCGACGGAUUUUGGACAUCCAUCCCAUCCAGGUUACCCAGGACACGGUUUAAAUUCAACGCAUCAUUAUGACAUGCAGCGUAAUGUUGUUCUUAAUAAUGCAACUUUACCUCUACCUGUCGGUGACUAUAAUUCCACGGGGCCUUUUCAAAAUAUUGGACCAUCGAAUUUGGGAUCGGCAGUUGCGACCUCCAUGAACCUGACCAACAGUUCCGAGCCAAUUGGGACUGACACAACAAAUGGGUCCUACAAGACCGAGCCCCACGACAUGAACUACUCUCACUACCCCCACAACCCUCUUUCCUCCGAGGGGACCCUCAACCAAACCGACGGCCUCUUUUCGAACCUCCUCGAUCCGGAUUUACAGCUGAUGCAUCUCGUUGACGACGACGGAAUGUACGGAAUGAGAAAUUGGGACAAUACUACAAGUAACAAUGGAACUGGAGCAACGAAUACCUCUAGCGUACAAAGCGGACUAUCGGGCCAAACAUCUGGGACCGGUGCAAAUAACGCGGGAGUUACUAAUUUGAAUUGCGCGAUAACUGACGAGCGUCUUGAUGCAUCGAGUGACAGCGCGGUAAGUAGUAUGGGGAGUGAACGAGUCCCAUCUCUGUCUGACAACGAGUUUAUGGAUACAGGAUCAAAUUCUAGCCAUACACAAGCCGAUUCUCAUUAUUCUAUGGACUAUGCCAGUAAAUAUCGUAUGCAAUACGAAUGUAAUUACACAGUUAAUGGAAGGAAUGGCAAUACACGUUGUCAAGCUGAUAGAAUACCACCGGUCGCACAAAAGAAACAUCAAAUGUUUGGCAAAAGAUAUUUCCAAGAGCAAGGAACAGGAUCACCAUUGGGACAUAAUGGACACUCGACUCCAAUUAAAUACGAGUACGAUCCUCAGAGCGUUGGAGCCGUGGGUCCAGGUCACCCCUAUAGUCCAAUUGAUGGUGCAGCUGCGCCUGAUGUCAAGUACAGCUGCAGUAUCGACUUCACAAGAAAUCAAUUACACCACGUACCUGGAAGAACAUCUUUGGAACACAUUCAUCACAAUCACACGUAUCAUUUACCUCCAGACAGCUCAGGAACGAUGCGGCCGUUGACUCGCGACAAAAAAAUGCGUAAAAGUGAGUCAGAAGAUCAACAUUUGACUAGAGAUGAAAAACGCGCGCGGGCAUUAAAUGUCCCAAUUUCGGUCCAUGACAUAAUUAAUUUACCUAUGGACGAAUUUAAUGAGCGGCUCAGUAAAUAUGAUCUCAGUGAAGCUCAAUUGUCAUUAAUACGCGACAUAAGACGACGGGGUAAAAAUAAAGUCGCGGCUCAAAAUUGUCGGAAGAGAAAAUUGGACCAGAUUAUGAGUCUCGCAGAUCAAGUUAAAGAAAUGAGAGACCGGAAGCUGAGACUGUUGAGCGACCGUGAAUAUUUGCAGAGUGAGAUACUGAGGUCUAAAGAAAAAUUUGGACAAUUGUACAGACAUGUACUGCAGUCACUCCGCGACCCGGACGGUAAUCAGUACAACCCCCAUGAAUACUCACUCCAGCAAGCUGCGGAUGGAAACAUCGUCUUAGUACCCAGGAAUCAGAGCAAUCAUCAUAACAGUAAUCAUCAUAAUCACAAUAGUAAUAAUAAUAAUCAUAACAACAACCAUAAUAAUAACAAUCAUCCGUAUCAUUCACGUCAGUGCUCGUCGUCGUCGAUGGAUCAAAAAACAAAACCUGACCCCGAACGUAAAGAAUAAAUUAUAUUUUAUAAAUAAAAAUUAAAAUUUAUAACAAUUAAUCAAAUGAUUGAUUAAUUAAUUAAAAAAUUUCGAUCUCGAAAAAAAAAUAAAUGAUGGGGAUUAAUUCGCGCUAUCUAUAAUUUGAAUAAAUAAAUUUAUAAAUUAAUCAACACCAAAAUAAGUAAUUAUUAAUGGAGUAAAUUAAUUAAUUAUUAAUUAAAAUUUAAAAAAAAAAUUAAAACAAUUAAAAAAAACUACUUAAUGUACAGGUGUCUGUGAAUAAUUAAAUAAUUAAUAAGUGAUUAAAAAUUUUAAUUAAUUUUCUUUGUAAAGAAAAUUUUUUUUGAGAAAUUUUUCAAUUUUCUUGAAGGAAAAUUUUUUUAAAAAUUGUAAUAAAAAAAUUUCUUUUAAAGGAAAAUUGGGAAAUUCUUGAUAGACAGAAAAAUUCUUUAAAAAUUUAAGGAAGUAGUGUAGUAUGAAUUUUCAUUGAAGGAAAAGUGGAAAAUUCUUUAUGUUAAAGGAAAACUCAAAAAUUUUCUUGAAGAAAAUUUUUAAUGAACAUUUUUGAAAAUUGUAAAGGAAUUUUCUUUAAAAGUAAACUGGGAAAUUUUUUGUGUUGAAGGAAAAUCUCAAAAUUUUCUUGAAAGAAAAUUUUUAAUAAAAAUUUAAGAAAAUUUUUAGUGAAAAUUUUCAAAAGUUUUCAAUGAAAAUAUUAGAAAAUCUUAAUAUUAAUUUUCUUCAUUGGGGAUGUGGGAAAUUCUUUUUAUUAAGGGAAAAUUUUUCAAUUUUUUUGGAAGAAAAUUUUGAAUGAAAAUUUUGGAAAAUUGCAAAGGAAUUUUCUUUAAGAGUAAAGUGGAAAAUAUUUUGUGUUAAAGGAAAAUCUUAAAAUUUUCUUGAAUGAAAAUUUUUAGUGAAAAUUUAAGAAAGUUUUCAAUGAAAAUCUUAGAAAAUUUUAGUAUGAAUUUUCUUUAUUGGAGAUGUGAGAAAUUUUUUUUUAUUAAGGGAAAAUUUUUCAAUUUUCUUGUGAGAAAAUUUUUAAUGAAGAUAUUGGAAAAUUGUAUUAUAAAUUUUCUGCAAAGGCAAGGUGGGAAAUUUUUUUUGUUAAAAGAAAUUUUUGUUAAAAAAAUUUUGAUGUGAGUUUUCUCAAAGGAAAAUUUAAAGAAAAUUUAAAAACGAAUUUUUUUUCACAAUACGAACAUUUUUUUUUUAAAGAAAAUGUUAUAGUUUUUCAUUUUUUCA